UCGAGUUUGUUGUUUUUCGUUGUUUCGUUUUUUCCGCUCCGGUUCGUUGUUGUUUCGUCGGCAUUUUUCGUUAUCCGUCGCGUUUCUUUUUGGCGGAGUGUAUAUUUUUGGUGGUUUUCGAUCUGUUUUGUUUGUUUUUUUCUGUGAGUGGCACGCAUGCGAAGGCAACAAAAUCCAGAAAAAAAAGGUUGCCAGUUGCAACGCUUUUCGACGUCGACGCAGCGCAGGCGCAGCUGAACAACGAAUCAAAUGGAAUUGGUUUUCGCCUCGGCAAGCAAUUAAUUGGAAUUACAUUCAACUGGAAGUGAGCUCAUUCCAGGAUAAGGAAAUCGACUUGUUUUUAAUUGGAUUUGCAACGCAAAGUGGUGGAAAAUUGUGGCAAAUUCAACUAACCUAGCCAACUGUCAUUGUCUUUUGGCAUUGGGCAAGAUUUUAAUUGAAAAAGUUUUGCCAACUCUCGCACGCAGCAGAGAUGACUGUGAAAUUGGCCAAGCUGUUUGGUGGUGUUGAGGUCCUGGACUCGGGCAAUUCGCCACAUCAGGAGCAGCAGCAGCAGCAGCAGCAACAUCUGCAACAGCAGCAGCAACCACUGACUGCACCGCAGCAACAUGUGCAACAACCACCGCCUCUGCCGCCACCGAAUGCAAAUAUGAAGAGUUUAAAGUAUUACGAGCAUCUGCAGGCCACCUACGACUGCCACCACGAUCUGAUGGAUCAGGAUCAGGAUCAGGAUGACUACGAGGACACCUGCAUGCAGCGCAAUCAUCCGUACAACAACUCCCAAAGGCCGCUUUUGGGUGACAGACGACCCCAGUUGACGGUGAUGAGUGUGGGCAAGAAGGGCAAGUCGGCUAUGGCCCAGCAAAAUCAUCCGCUGCCACCACUGCCGCCCCUAAGGACCUACAUCUCACCCUACGUGCAGCAACAGAAGCGGGACAGCGCCAAGGGAUUGCACGGGUUCAACGAUUUCGAUGCCCUGUCGCAGCAGUACAAUCAGCAUCUGCAGAGUCCACACAUUGGCUAUCCCUAUGGCAGUCCACCAUCGCCCACAGCUCAGUCCAGCGAUUUCUGUUUCGAUCGGCAGAACGGAUUGGUUAUGCUGCCCGGUGGAACCACCGCUCCCAUCAUCUCGAGCAGUUCCAGUAGCAACUGCAGCAGCUCGCACACCACAUCCACCUCCUCGCCCACUAGGUAUUACCCAGAUCAUCAUCAUCAUCAUGAUCACCAUGCGGCCAGCAGUAGUGCUCUGUUGUAUCCCUCCCGAUUCGAGGACGAUUUCUGCAUGCGUCGCCCAGCCGUCCUCGAGAGUUCCAGUUCGACACCCACUGCUGGAUUGGGUGGACCCUUCAUCUUUGGCAUUGCACCGGAGCAACAGGCCACGGAUUAUGGCAGCAAUCCACUGCCGCCAACGCCGCCUCAGCUGAAACAUCAAUCUGUGAUUAGCCGAAGUCCUUUGCAACAAUCGCUGAGCGAUACGAGUGCCGCCAGCAGCGGCAAAGGCUCCAAAUUCUUAUUGCGUAAGCGUAAAUCGAAGAAGACAGCCGCAACAACAGCAGCCACAGCAACAGCUGACAACGCGACAAAGGCCAAAAAAAGUGGCAAAAAGGGUGAGUUGCUUGGGAAAUUUAAGGAUUUUUCCACCUGCUCAAUGGAAGCUGACACUACUUCGCAGCCUUCGAUCAAGUGCGUGCUGGUGGGCGAUGGAGCUGUGGGCAAGACGAAUCUGAUCCUGUCGUAUCUGGAGAAUCGCUUCAAUCCCGAACACAUACCCACAGCCUCAGACAUUUAUAACGCCGAUGUGAAUGUGAACGAGAGUCCGGUGCACUUGACGCUCUGUGAUACCGCCGGCCAGGACACUCUGGAUCCGCUGAGGGAGCUCUGCUAUCCGGACAGCGACGUCUUCCUGCUCUGCUUCUCGGUGGUGAAGCCGGAAACGUUUCGGGCCAUCAAGGCCAAGUGGGCACCGAAGUUCGCCAAGACCAAGGCCGCCCUGAUUUUGGUUGGCACCCAGGCCGAUCUUCGCACCAGCCCCAAUGUCCUUAACAAACUGCAGACAAAUGGCGAGAAAGCAAUUUCAUAUGCAGACGCCUGGGAUUUGGCAACAACAAUUGGCGCAAAAUACAUUGAGACUUCGUCAGCCACACAGGACAAAGUCAAGGAUGUGUUCGACACAGCCAUUUGGGAGGGCCUAGUGCCCACCACCCUGCCGCCCACGCCGUCCUUCUGGAGGAAGCUCUUCUGCCUGGCCUGAAACUCGAAAAAUCUACUCAACUCCACACACGAUUUAUUAUUUUUUUUAUUCGGAUAGCUGUAGAUUAUAAUUAACUAUUAUUAUUUAUAUUGAACAAUUUUUUAUUAGAGAUUUUCGUUUAGCAGUGCUUGCACACAGACUGAUCUACACAAUAACUAAAAUAAUAUACCUAAAAAAAAGUUUAUUAAUAAUGUUUAAUGCCUAAACAAAUAUGUUUUCAAGAUCGAUUUUUUACUCGUACUCGUAAUCAUGUUCAUGGAUUUUUCCCAUUUUUUUUUUGCUUAAUUUAUAGUCGUAAACUAUUUAAACUUAAUUAUUAUGGCCCAGACCCACGACUAUGUUACAUCAUUCCAUCCGUUUUUAAGCAUUACGUUUUAAGCAAAUAUUUCAAAUAUUGUAUAUCGAAGGCAGCAUUAAAUAUAGCAAAGAAACAAAUUCACCAAAACCCGUAUUCUUUAAAUUGAAUUUUCCGUCCAGUGUUUCCAAAUAAUUUGGCAUCCUAAUGCCAUAAGUGCUGGCAAAAAUAAUAAUAAAUACCGAAGGCAUUACGCGGGGUUGUGUGAGAGACUUUGGAUUGGAGAGCAGAACCAACAAAAGCUACAUUAGCGUGCCAGCAAAGUCUCCACUCUCGACUCUCGACACCGCUAAGUAAACACACGCACAGUGCAGCCGCACACACCACACACAUACACCACACACACACACCACACACAUGCCACAGCAUCUGAAGGAAAAGUUUAAGGAAAAACUGAAAACAAAAUCUGUCAAGUUUGCAUACCCCCACAGUGGCUGUCAUUUUUGGGUGGAAAAGUAACAAAACUCUCUAAAAACCAUUUAUAAAAUUUAAAAACUUAUUUCUUCUCACACAGAAAUAUAAAAUGUUGAAUGAGUUUUAUAACUUUCUUAUCAUAAGAUCAGUUUCCGCGGCUUGAAAACUGUGGAAAGAUAAACUAAAAUAAAUUGCGAACUUAAAUGCACAAAGAUCAUAAAUAAUUACAAAAUGCAAUUGAAAAUUAAACAUUAAAAAUAC